CCCCCGAGGGCGGGCAGCUGCAGGUAAAAGCAAAUCAGGCAAAUGCAGAGCCCGGGUUUCCUCCUGUUUCUCAAGGGGAAGAAAGCUCGAGUCGCCCCUCGGUGCCGCCGCCCUGUAGCGCCCCGUCAGCCGCCCCCUCCCCCCGGCUGCUGGGCCAGGGGCGGGCCGGGGCUCCGGGCACGCGCGGCCGGGGCGGGCCGAGCUCAGGCUGGGGCAGGGCCUGGAAGCAGCAUCCCGGGCCGCGCGGAAACCCGGAUACCCGCCGCUCCCGGGCCAGGCCGCGGCUCCCUCCCGGCUGCGCUCGCUCUGCUCCGCCCGGCAGCGGGGCCGGCCCGUGGCGAGGCGGCGCCGGGACCCUGCCCAGCCCGGAGCGGGAGCGGAGCUCGGCCGGGCCGGGCCCGCUGGAGAAGCCCCGCCCGCCUCCCCGGGGGGGCCAUGGCCGAGCGGGCCGCUGCCCAGACUCGGAGCAACAGGGUGUGAUGCCUUUCCAACCCCUUGCCGUCCCGGAACAAAGUGUGAGAGAAACUCAGCUGGGCACAGCAGCGAUUUCCCUGGCUGUAAUGACUUCAAUCCAAGCCCUGGAGAGGAAGGUGGAAGCUCACACCACACGGUGGCUGAACCUGGAGGGGAGAACAGGGAUGACUGAGAAGAAACUAAUAGACUGUGAGAGGACAGUGGUGGAGUUUGGGAACCAGCUGGAGAGUAAGUGGGCCGUGCUGGAGACUCUGAUCCAGGAGAAUAAUCUGCUGCAGAGGAGGCUGGAGAACGUGGAGAACCUGCUGAAGAACAGGAACUUCUGGAUCCUGAGACUCCCCCCAGGCACUAAAGGGCUGGUCCCCCAGGUGCCGGUGACAUUCAAUGACGUCUCAGUGUAUUUCAACGAGCAGGAGUGGGGGAGCUUAGAGGAAUGGCAGAAGGAGCUUUACAAGAACGUGAUGAAGGGGAAUUAUGAGACUUUGAUCUCGCUGGAUUAUGCCAUUUCCAAGCCUGACAUCUUAGCCCGGAUUGAACAAGGGGAAGAGCCAUGUAUCCGGGAUCAGCAGGACUCAGAGAGAGUAGAAAUCCCUGUGGAGCCUUGCACAGGGCCGGAAUCCCCCAGGUUGACAAGUGACGCUCUGUCAAAGAUCAAACAGGAGGAGGAGCCACAUGUGCAGGAUCAAGGUGCCUUGCAGGAAAGUAAAAUCCCAACAGACCCACCACACUGCAGCCCAGAUGUUCCUCAUGGCUUCCUACCAGUCCUAACCAACUGCAGGCAGUUAAUCCCUCCCAUCACCCGUCCUUCCUCCGAGUGUUCGGAGGAGUCAGUGAAGCAGAGCCGGUCUCCUCCUCUUCCCUCUGACGAAGCUGAUGAUGAAGGGAUUGUGAUCAAAACCGAGGUGCAGCAAGUGGAGGAUGUGCCAGGGACGUUGCUGGAGAGAGCAAAAGAGGAAGCUGUCCUGGGAUCCUGGGAGCGUGUCCAGGACCCUGGGGAGGAACUUUCUGAAAACCUGCAGGUGCCGGGGACGAUGUUGGGAGGAUUUGAAGAGGAGGAUUUCCAGGAUCCUGAGGAGGUAACAGCCCAGGAGGUUGCAUGCAGCUCAGUAACACAGCAGAGAAGCCACGCAGAGAGCAGGACAGUGACCUCCGCUCACCGGGGUGGGGCCCUGAUCCACCACCAGAGAAAGAGCACUCGGGAGAGACUGUUUGUGUGCACAGAGUGUGGGAAGAGCUUCAGGCUGAAGAUAAAUCUCAUCAUCCACCAGAAGGGCCAUGCAAACGAGCUGCUGUAUGAGUGCACACGCUGUGGGGAAAGUUUCAGAGCCAAGCAGAAAUUUCUGCUGCAUCUGCGACACCAGACAGCUGCGGCGGCCUGCACGCUCUCUGCUCCUCAGGAACGUUCAGGCCAAGCGGCUCCCCCUGAGUCCCAGCCCCGAAGCCAGACGGAAGACGGUUCCAGCGGUAUCACCAAACGGCUCAAGAGGCUGGGUCACAAAUCGAGUCUGAGCAAAUACCAGCCGCCUCCUGUGCAAAGGACGUACACAUGCAGGGAGUGCAUGGAGCACUUCUCUAAGAGGAGGUAUCUCGUCGUGCACAAAAGGAUGCACGCUGACCGCAGCAAGGGGUCGCUCAUACUGUGUCCAUACUGCAGCAAGAGCUUCACCCGUCCCUCUGACCUCAUCCGGCACCAGAGGAUCCACACCGGGGAGCGGCCCUACCAGUGUGCCCAGUGUCACAAAACCUUCAAUAGGCACCACCACCUCGUGGACCACCAGAAAAUCCACAUGGAGAGAGAGAGGCCCUACCAAUGCAACGAGUGCGGGAAGACCUACAUCCGCAGGCAGCACCUCCUCAAGCACAAACACAGCCACAGGAAGAAGAAAUCGUAACAGGCGAGAGAGCCGGUCUGCAGAAACACUGAGGGGUCAGCGGGGCAAUCUGCAGGAGGGAGACGCUGAAUGGGCCAACGGCUUCCAGUGGGAAUAGCUGCCCCUGGCCUGCCCACGCUCACAGCCAGCCAAGCUGGGGGGCUGCGCAGGUGUAGCCAAGGGGAGGAUUGGUCUUUGAUUUGUAAUGAGCUACGGCCAAUUCACCUGGGAGACUAGGGUGUCUGUUGAUUUCACCUUAGACUGCGAAGGCAAUUAAGGCCAAGCCCUGGUGCGUCAGUGCGGAUGGUAAACCCAGGCGUGACAAUCCAGGCAGAUUUGUUCCUGGAUAAGAGGUUACAAUAAAGUGACUGCACUGCAGCAGGACAUCACGAUCACAGGAACAUGAACUGGCAGCAAAUGAAUAUUGAAGUGAAAAGCUCCGGGUUUAAUGGACAAUACAAAUGGAUGGAGCGUGGCGACGGGUGACUCGCAGCAGUGGAUAAGUGACUCCUGUGUUCAGUGAUUAAUACAUGUCAGUAUUUAAACAGAUUCCAAAGCCGGGCGGGCACAUUGGGGUCACCUGGUCUGACCGCCUGUAUAACGCACACCACGUGACUUCGGCUGAAAUAGAGCAACUCUUUUUUUUUUUUUUACAAAAUAGCCCCGUCUUCAUUUAAAAUUGU